CCUCCGGCUACGAAGUUUCGGAGCCGGGGAAUCGGGUUGAACGAUAAAGAGCACAUGAAGGCGCGCUCCUUUUUUUCUCUCUGGUUUUCUGUUCUUUAAUUAUACAAACGUUCUUGUUGAUGAGAGCAAGUAUAUUCUACUGCAUAUAAAAUAACUUUCAAGGUUACAUCAAGAAAAAAAAAAUCACUUGGUUCCCCAACCCAACCAUUUUGUUAGCACAAACAACCCUCGCAUGGCACAGUCUUUAAGCCCCGAAAACCACCAAAAUGAUUCCAGACACUACAUCUUUACCCGGAUAUACAAUUUUUCGGGAAGAGGCCAACGACGCCGCUCCCGACCUGACUAAGCAGGGUGCGGUUCAUCCGCUUGACCCUCUCUCUGUCGAAGAGAUACGUGCUGCAACCAAAAUCAUCCGUGAUUAUGCCGCACCCAAGAACCUCAAGUUCAACUUCCUCUCGCUGCGUGAGCCCGCCAAGGCCGAGUACCAGGCCUUCCGCGCUGGUCACGGACCACGCCCGGCCCGCCGCGCCUUUAGCGUCGUGCUGAUCCGGGGCACUCCGGAUUCGGCCGAGGUGCUGGUCAACCUGGACCGGCUGGUCGUCGAGCACUGGCAGGAAGUGCGCGACGUCGGCCAGAUGCUGACGCUCGAGGACCUCGACAUCUGCGAGCGCGUGGCCCGCGCCGACCCGCAAUUUCAGGAGGCCUGCCGAGAGAUUGGCAUCACCGACAUGGCAAAGGUCUUUGUCGACGGCUGGGCCAUUGGCUUCGACCACCGCUGGGGCAUGGACCGCCGCCUGCAGCAGGGCUUGGUCUACUACCGCAACUCGCCCAACGACAACCAAUACGCCCACCCGCUCGACUUCUCCGUCGUCAUCGACACCGAGAAGGAGAUUGUGCUCGCCAUUGACGUCCGCCACGUCAACGGCGAGCGUACUAAGCCGCCCCUGGUCGAGCACAACUACACACCAGAGUUCAUCUCGGCCGGAUACCGCCACGACAGGCUGAAGCCGGUAGACAUCACCCAGCCCGAGGGCGUCUCCUUCACCAUGCGCGGCAACGAGUUGUCGUGGGCAGGCUACAAGAUGCAUAUCGGCUUCAACUACCGCGAGGGCAUCGUCCUCUCUGACGUCAGGAUCUUUGACGAGCACGAGCAGCGGGAGCGCACCCUCUUCAACCGCGUCAGCGUCGUCGAGAUGGUCGUCCCUUACGGCAACCCCACCCCACCCCACCACAAAAAGCACGCCUUCGACGUGGGCGAGUACGGCUCGGGCUUCAUGAGCAACUCAUUGUCGCUCGGCUGCGACUGCAAGGGCGCCAUCCACUACCUGGAUGCCGUCCUGGCCAUCAGCACCGGCGAGCCCGCCCUCAUCAAGAAUGCCGUCUGCAUCCACGAGGAGGACAACGGCCUAGCGUAUAAGCACACCGACUACCGCAACGGCGAGGCCAUCUCGGCCCGCGACCGCAAGCUCAUCAUCUCGCAGAUCAUCACGGCUGCAAACUACGACUACGCAUUUUACCACAUCUUCAACCUCGACGGCACCUACAAGCUCGAGAUGAAGCUGACAGGCAUGCUUAACACGUACUGCCUGCACCCGUCCGAGUCCGCCGCCCCUUACGGCACAGAGGUGGCCCGGGGGAUCGUCGCCCACAACCACCAGCACAUCUUCUCGCUCCGCAUCGACCCGGAGAUCGACGGGCCCAACAACUCGGUGGUGCAAAAUGACGCUGUCCUGUCCGAUGCACCACUCGGCUCUGCCGAGAACCCCUACGGCAACGCCUUCUACUGCAAAAAGACGCCGCUCCUGACCGCCAAGGCCGGGGCCGCCGACUAUUGCCACGAGACGAGCCGGACAUGGGACAUCACCAACCCAAGCAAGCUGAACCCAUCGACCGGGAAACCCGUCGCCUACAAGAUUCUCAACUCGUCGUCUCCCCGCAUCCUCGCCAAGCCGGGCAGCAUGGUGUGGAAGCGCGCGGCGUUUGCGCAACACGCGCUGUGGGUCGUCCCUUACGAGGACUGGCGCCUGUACCCGGCGGGCGACUACGUGCCGCAGUCCCAGGGCGAGCCGGACCACCCUCACAACCCGACCUUGGCCGACUGGGCUGCGCUCGACGGCUCAAUCGACGACACCGACAUCGUCUGCUACAUCCAGUUCGGCCUCACCCAUUUCCCCCGCACCGAGGACUUCCCCGUCAUGCCUGCCGAGCCCGUCAGCGUCACGCUGCGCGCCUCCAAUUUCUUCGUCAAGAACCCCGCCCUCUGGCUGCCCCCGACGCAGCUCGGCGGCGACGAGACGUCGCGCGAUGCGUUUGCCAGCGAGGAGCAGGCGCCCUGCUGCCAGGCUCCUGCGCUCAAGGGCAAGUUGUGAGAGAAGACUGCCAGUGCCGUGUUGGGUUUAUUCUCUUUUUCUGGGUUAUGUGUAUGACUGCGUAGAUUUUGAGCAUUUAAAUCAAUCUGUUGGUGUUUUGCCGCGUGGCCUUUUUUUUCACACAUUGCAUUUUUUUUCUUUUCUUAAAGAUGGGGUUAUACAUGACCUUUUUUGGGGGGUUAUUUUGCAUAACUCCGUUGUAUGAAUGACGAAAUCUGGUUGUUUAGAAGGAAUCUCUCCAACACAACAUGAAUUUGGGCCUGUCUUGUUAGUAUAGCAUUUAUAGCCUUUUGAAUCUUUGUAAAGCUGCUUUACAUCUUGCCAUGUAAACUGCCAUUUCUGAAAGUAGGUAGUUUCUUUGACAAUGCCA